AGUUUUGCCUUAAACAGAAAUGACAUCUGAAAGAAUACUUCCUUGAAAUAUUGAACAUACAGUACUUGCCUCACCAGAUGAGCCAAAGGGGGGAAACCUGCUUGCCACAAUCUCUAUAGAUGUCUAACCAAUACCAAAUCAAGAUUCAAAAUGAAUGAGAAACUGCACAGAAGAAACUAGACUUCAAGGGGUGGUGUAUAUACAACUGAAGAAAGAGAAGAGCGAGGUAGCUUCGGACUGAGCUGUGAAGAGAAAAAAAAUGGAGAAUUCGUUGCUCUUAUCCCCUACUUUAAAUACCGCUUCAAAAAUGAGGUCUCUGUGUAAAAUUGUGAAAUCUAUUAAUAAAGAAGGAGCAAAAACAGAAACAAAAAGCAGGACGCAGGAAAAAAGGAACCGGCUGAGUCUUUUGCAGAAGUGUGAACUGCACCCAGAUGUCAAUCUGGACAAAUUUGAGAAAUUGACAAAAGCUUCAAGUGAAUCUCCUGACAUGGUAAAGAAGUGGGGUGAAUCUUUUGAUAAUUUGAUUUCACACAAAGCUGGAGUCGAUGUAUUCACAAGAUUCCUAAGAAGUGAGUUUAGUGAAGAGAACAUUGAGUUUUGGAUGGCAUGUGAAGAUUACAAGAAAUGUAAAGAUGAUUCUCAACUUCCACUCAAAGCAAAGACUAUUUAUGAAACAUUUAUUGAAAAGGAAGCUCCAAAAGAGGUCAACCUUGACUUUAACACCAAAGCUUGUACCAGUGAGAGCAUGAAACAUCCAAUACUCAACACCUUUGAUGCUGCACAGAACAAAAUAUAUGCCCUAAUGGAGCAAGACAGUUAUCCACGUUUCCUGAGGUCCAACCUUUACUUAGACAUGCUCCAUGGCCGACCACAUGGCUGCUCUGCUCUUAGAAGGCGAUCACGGUCAUUUACCUUCAAUGAAUUCAAAGAUGCCCAACCAGACUUUUCCAUCUGGAUGUAAUUUUUUUUAAAAAAAUCUCCCCUUGACUCUGCUGCAAUACAGAAACUUUACCACAGGUGGCUUAUGUAACUCUAGCUUCAGCAGUUCCCAUGGACUUAUGUCUACUGUCACUUGGUCAUAAGCAGAUCCAGAAACUUUAGUUUCCCUGCAGGGAUGGCAAACAGAUUUUUUUUAUUCUCAGAUCCACCUUGUACCUGGACAUAAUGUAUCUGGCCACCAUUUAGCAACAAAGGUCUUUUGGUUAUAAAGAAUGUGCUAUACACUCAUACAUGUUUUUAAAAUACUGCUAUACCCUCAGACAUGUUUUUGAAAUAUGUGUUCCAGAGCCCUACCCCCAUGGAUAGAAAAAGUGUGGAACUUCAAGUUCCAUAUUGUCAAUAUACAUGUGACAUGCAUGUGACUGUAUUGGCAUGGCCAUGUGCAAACACCGUCAUUAGCAAUAAUGGGGUGGGGCCAUCUGUGGAUACUCAAAUCCACAGAUGUCUACAGUCCUAAAAUCAGUCACCUGGGAUUAAAGCUCUUUGAACUCAAUGUAUUUUACUUCUAAGUAAGCAAGGAUGAGUUUUGCAUGCAGAUGCUCCCAGGUUAAAUCUCUGACAUUCCCUGUCAUUCUCAUGUAGGGCAGGGAAAUUUCCUAUUUGUAUCUCUGGAAAAGUGUCAGUGCCAGUGCACUGUUGUUGACAAAUAUACUGGACCAAAUAGAUCAAUAGUCUGAUUCAGUGUAAAAGAGUCCCAUACCUUGAUCCAUGCUUGGGAUCAAACAUUGAUCAGAAUGGGGACUGCAGUCAAGAAAUAACAAGACUACAGUCUUGUCUAGUUUUUUCAUUGCUGUCCUUCCUAUUUCUGAAGAAUAAAGAUAUACACCUGAGCACUAAAGUUAGAAUCAUCCAAUCCAUUGUAUUCCCAAUCAUCAUAUGUGGACAUGAGAGUCGGACAGUGAAGAAAGUGAAUAAAAAGAAAAUCAACUCAUUUGAGAAGUUGUGCUGGAGAAGGGUGCUAAGAAUAACAUGGACAGUCAAAAAGAUAAACAAUUGGGUCCUUAAACAGAU